AUGGCAAGCUUUCAUAAGCAUUUGAGUAUCACUUCAUGCAUUAUAUUCUUGUUCUUAUGCUUUGCUAUAUCUUUGAGUUCAGCUCUUCAAGUUGGUUUUUAUAUUAAAUCUUGUCCUAAUGCUGAAAAUGUUGUUCGACAAGUAGUUCAGCAGCAAUACAAGACUGAUCGAUCAAUCCCCGCUGCCUUGUUACGUAUGCAUUUUCAUGAUUGUUUUGUUAGGGGAUGCGAUGCAUCAAUAUUGAUUGACUCAACAAGCAAUAACCAAGCAGAGAAAGAUGCUGGAGCAAAUGGAUCAGUUAGAGGGUAUGAACUCAUUGACAAAAUCAAGGCCGCUCUAGAAAAAGCAUGCCCUCAAAAGGUUUCUUGUGCCGAUAUCAUAACGCUAGCUACUCGAGAUGCAGUUUACUUAGCUGGAGGUCCUAACUACAAUGUACCAACAGGUAGACGUGACGGGCUCAUUUCAAGGGCUAGUGAAGUAAAUCUUCCUGGUUUAAGAUUUACCGUUUCGCAAGCCCAACAGUCCUUUAGUGCUCUUGGGCUAACCAUUAAUGACAUGGUGGUUUUAUUGGGUGCUGGUCAUACCAUAGGAGUAGCUCAUUGCAAUUUCUUUAAAGAUCGGUUAUCCAACUUUCAAGGAACAGGUUCACCUGACCAUACCAUGGACAAGGCAUUGGUUAAAAAUUUUAACGUACUUUGUGGUUCUAAUCCAAAUCUAAAUCCUAGUACUUUUCUUGACCAAAACACAUCGUUUGUUUUUGAUAACAAGUACUACAACCAAAUUAGAAAAAAUCGAGGGAUAUUGCAAAUUGACCAAGAGCUAGCACUCGACUCUUUAAGUGCCAAAUUGGUCUCAAACCUAGCCGCCAAUAACAAUAAUUUUAGACAAAGCUUUGUACAAGCCAUUGUAAAAAUGGGAAACAUUCAACAAGGAAAUGCCGGCGAAAUUAGGGAAAAUUGUAGGAGAAUAAAUUAUUAAACAAAUGUAAGGCCAUCUUAUUAAAAAUGUGAGA